GAUGGUGCCCACCUUCACCCUCUGCCUGCUGGGCAGCUCCGCUCUGCUCCUCAGCACCGCGCCCGGGGCUCCAGCUGCCCUGUGCCCGUUCCCACGUGUCCGGUACGGGACGGUGUCCCCUCGUCGCUAUUCCUACAGGACAUGGGACACGGUGACCUUCUCCUGCAGCCCGGGCUACGCUCUGCGAGGCUCCCGCAGCAGCACCUGCGGAGCGGGCUCCAGGUGGAACCCCCCUCCUCCAGAGUGCAGGAAAG